AUGUCAUCUAAUUGUCAAUCAAUAAUCGCAUAUGCACUUCAAACUUUAUUUGAUUUAGUUUCCUUUUGUGGAAAUUCUGAAAGUUUUAAGAUAAAAAAAGCUUCGCAGCAGAUGAAAAGAAAAGAUGAAAAUGUUGUUCGCAUCACAACAUCAUUUUUCAUCCGUUGGAUUGAUAUGAAAGAUGGAAAUAAAUGA